AGCUUGCUGGCGGUGAGGGCAACAAGCAGCGGCAUCUUGGAGCGCCUUCUUUCCCGAGUGCCCUUUCAUCUCUCCUAGUCCGCUUUUCUCUCCUACCUACAGCCUUUUCUUCUCCCUCCACUCCUCCUAUCUUGUUAUUUCUCCUUGUCUCCCCCUUCUCUUACCAUUUUUAGGUUUUUGGGUUUUUUUGCUUUCCUUCUUUUUCUUCUUCCCCCAUCCUGUUCCUUUUUGGACCAUCUUCCUCUAGUGCCUCUUAAUUUCUCGAUUUUUUUCCUUGGACUUUGCCUUGUCAUGUCAAGAUGGAAGUCAGGCAUGACUGGCUCUCCUCAUCCCCCCAUGAGGGCUUCGAGCAGAUGAGGCUGAAGAGCAGACCCAGGGAGCCUUCUCCAAGCCUCACCAGAGUAGGUGCGAACUUCUACAGCACUGUCAAGCAGCAGGACUACAGUGCCAGUGUCUGGCUGAGGAGGAAAGACAAACUGGAGCACUCCCAGCAAAGAUGCAUUGUGAUCUUUGCACUGGUAUGGUGCUUUGCAAUUCUGGUUGCACUGAUAUUUUCGGCAGUGGAUAUUAUGGGAGAAGAUGAGGAUGGACUCUCAGAAAAAAACUGUCAAAAUAACUGUCGGGUUGCUCUUGUGGAAAAUAUUCCUGAAGGGAUCAACUAUUCAGACAGUGCACCAUCCCAUUUGUCUCUUUUCCAAGGCUGGAUGAAUUUGCUUAAUAUGGCUGAAAAGUCUGUUGACAUAGUAUCUUCCCAGUGGGACCUCAAUCACAGUCAUCCAUCAGCAUGCCAGGGGCAGCGUCUUUUUGAAAAGUUGCUUGAACUGGCAUCCCGAAAUAUUGAGAUAAAGCUAGUGAGUGAUAUACUGCCCAUGGAAUCAAAGGUGUUAAACGACUUGAAAACAAAGGGUGCUGAAGUGUUGUAUAUGAACAUGUCAGCAUAUAAUGAAGGUCGGCUUCAGUUCUUCUGGAUUGUUGAUAAACAGCAUGUAUACAUUGGAAGUGCCAGCCUAGAUUGGAGAUCGUUGGGACAGAUGAAGGAACUUGGCGUCAUUGUGUACAACUGCAGCUGCCUGGUCCUGGAUUUACAGAGGAUAUUUGCCUUGUAUAGCUCAUUAAGAUACAAGAAUAAAAUACCUCCGAGUUGGUCUAAGAGACUAUAUGGAGUGUACGAUACUCAAAAUAAACUGACACUGCAGCUGAACGAGACAAAAUCAGAAGCUUUUGUGUCGAAUUCACCUAAACUCUUCUGCCCAAAGGACAGAGUCCUGGAUAUUGAAGCGAUAUACAGUGUUAUUGAUGAUGCCAAGCAGUUUGUAUACAUAGCUGUCAUGGACUACUUGCCAAUCGUCAUUGACACCAACGCUAAACGGUACUGGCCAUAUUUAGAUGGCAAGAUACGAGAAGCAUUAGUAUUACGAAGUAUUAAAGUACGACUUCUCAUAAGUUUCUCAAGAGACACAGAUCCCCUUACUUUUAACUUUGUUUCAUCUCUGAAAGCUAUUUGCACUGAAGUUCCAAGCUGUAGUUUGAAAGUUAAAUUCUUUGACCUUGAGGAAGAGAGUGCAUGCUUUCUUAAAGAACAGAAGAACACUUCCCUUCCCAAAUUAAAUCGUAACAAAUAUAUGGUGACCGAUGGAGCUGCAUAUAUCGGUAAUUUUGAUUGGGUAGGAAAUGCUUUCACACAGAAUGCUGGAGCUGGCCUUGUUAUCAACCAAGCAGACGCGGGGAACAGCACAAGCAUCAUUAAGCAACUCAAGGCUGUUUUUGAAAGGGACUGGUAUUCACAUUAUGCCAAAAGUUUACAACCAACAAAAAUCCCAAACUGCUUUAAUCACAAACUUAAUAAAGGAACUUCAAAUAAGACUGCCAUGAGCAAUGUGAAUUAGAAAGACUAUUUUACUGUUUAGUAUGGCAAUGAAGAAUUACGUUGGGGUGUAGCCUUCUUUCAUAUUUACAGACAAAAGACUUAAAAA